UCAUUUUUAAACAUUAUAAAUCUGAUUAAUAAUUUCCAUUUCUGGUUUUGGUUUAUUCGCUGGCGACAGCCUGUUUCCAACAAAGCUCCCUACCACACUACCCCCACCACCCCUCUAUCUUCUCCCCCAUUUUCCCUCACUCCUCUCUUCCAUCAAUCCCCUCUCUCUCUCUCUCUCUUUCCUUUUUUUCUUUCUGUGCUUAGGGUUCUUUCUUCUUCUCCCCGAUUCUCUCUGGAGACAAGAAGAUUCAGAAUUUGAGCUCUCCAGAUCAAGAUUCUCCCUCUUGAAAUAACGUUGAACAUUGAAUUGGCGUGAACAUAGGUAGAGUUCAUUGUUGAACAAUUGUGAAAAAGGAGAGUGGAAUUGGUGAUCAGAUCUCGAGACUGUUAAUAUAUGGUAGUUUUGAGGUUGAGAGAAGUUAUCAAGAGUAAAUCUGUGAUUUCAUAUGUUUUGAGGAGGAGAAGGUGGAGGAGGAGUGAGGGUUCAUGUGGUAGAGGGGUUUCAGGUCUCCAUGCUGUCAGAGAGCAUGCGUGCAAUUUGUGGUUUGGGUAAUGCCCUAUUCGAGAUUUGCUGUUGAUGCACUAGGUGUAAUUACUAUUAUUCUUGUUUCAAUUUUGGUACUUGUUGGCUUGUAUUGCAUCUUGUACUUGAUCUACUUUCAUACAAAGAUACGUGGGCAAGGGUACAAUCAGCUUGGCUAUUUUCAUGGUCCUUGGAUCAUCAGGAUUACAUUUAUAUUGUUUGCAAUCUGGUGGGGAUUUGGAGAGGUUGUUCGGCUUAACUUGAUUAGAGGUGACGGAAGAUUGUUGAAUGCUCUUAGCUUCAGAUGGCAGGAAAUUGUUUGCAAGUGUUAUAUUGUUUCGAGCUUAGGUUUUGCAGAACCUUGUCUGUACCUCUCCGUCGUGUUUCUACUUCGGGCGUCCUUACAGAAGUCAGGAACUUUAAGCCAGAAAUGGAAUGGCAAAACAGUCGGAUACAUACUUCUCUUUUGCCUCCCAGUUUUUGCUCUACAGCUCGUGCUUAUUUUGGCUGGACCGCAAUUUAAGAAGAAAUACAUGGUCCACUUGCCACAUUAUUUCACUAGUCCGGUUGCGCGAUCUAGAGAUGAUGUUGAUGUUGCACUGUGCACUUACCCUUUGUUCAAUACUUUCUGCCUUGGUCUUUUUGCCAUCAUGCUAACUUCGUAUUUAUUCUGGCUUGGUGGAAGAAUCCUCCAUUUGGUUAUCAAUAGGAGUCUGCAAAAGAGAGUAUACAUGCUAGUGGUAUCCGUUUCAGCUUUCUUUCCUAUAAGGGUUCUAUUACUCGGUUUAACUGUUAAAACACAACCAGAACAUUUACCUUUUCAAGCUCUUGCAUUUUUGGGUUUUGUUUCCUUCUUUUUUUGUAUUGGGAUGGGCAUGUUCAUGCUCAUUAUCAUGCCCAUGCGGGAUUGUUUAGCACUGAAGAAGAGCUCAGAGAGGGAUAUAGAGGCUAGGAGAAGGUUAAUUGAUGAACAAAAUGAUACUGUUUCUCUAAUUGUUAACCAAAGCACCCUCGGAGGAAGUAUGGUGAGCAGUCCUGGGAGAAACUCAGCUGCCUCAACGAAGAGAGGAUCAAUCUCCUUUCGAACAACUGACAAGGAUGCAACCUCAGGGGUGGCCUUUGUGGAACUAAGUGUAUUCUCUCCUAGUCAGCACUCAACACCUCCUGGUUCACCUCAACUUCUUGGCUGGCCUAUGCUUCCACCCUCACAAGCUCAAGGUCCCUUAUAGUUUUCUUGGGCUGUAUCUUUCUUGUAUUCUCCUAUUACUUCAUAUGUGGUGGAUAACUGAAAGGUCACUUUUUUGGGUUUUAAAAAUUGUUUGUGUUCAUUAUAUCUGAGUGAUUUUGAUGUUUGGUACAUUUUUGAUUAAUAACUAUUACUUGCCAACAAGAUUUGAGAGGAGAAAUCUAACAAAAUGGUGUUUGUAUAAAGUGUUCUUUUAUUUG